AUUGUAAAGGAAUGUGAUGUUGUGUGAUAAUAUCCUUGGUGUUCAUAUCUCCCGUCUGCACCUGGAUGAGGCUAUCCACAGAAUUUGUCUCUAAGAGUAUGACCUUUCCUCUAUGCACAUAGCUACAUUGGUAUCACAGUCAAGCUGUGUGCCAUAAACCAAACGGACUCAGCUCCGGUGGUAUGAAUUGUUCCGUCUCGGAGAGUUAGGGUACUUGUGCAGCGGAUCCAGGGAUAUGUGGGUCUGUGGAUACCGGAGAUUCCGUUGAAUGGAACAUUCCACGGAAAAUUCUAAACCCAAGGAAACUGAGGCAACAACGGGGAUGAUUUUGAUUAGAUGGUAUCCCGGCUUAGUGUAUUUAUAUAACGAGGGGCCGUCUGUAGUCCAAGUGAGGGUUCUAUACUGUACCUAGUCAUCCUCUCGCAAGUAUACUCCAACAUAAUACUCAUAGUCAACAUGAGCAUCACCUUCGACGUAUACCGUGGCUCCAAGGAGGGUAAGAUCGUCGCGGAUAAGACGACUCGUCCUCUUCGCCCGACGGAUGUUUACAUCGAAACGACGCAUUCUGGUCUCUGCGGCACCGACGAGCACUACCUGCAUUCUGGCCAGGUUCUAGGUCAUGAGGGUGUCGGAGUUGUUAAACAGGUUGGUGAGGCCGUGACGCACGUUCAGGUCGGUGACCGCGUUGGAUUCGGAUAUACACAUGAAGUCUGUGGCAUUUGCGAUCACUGUAUCAGCGGCUGGGACCAAUACUGUGCCAACAAAAAGGAAUACGGAUUCCACAACCACGACCUCGGUUCCUUCAGCCGCGGUGUCGUGUGGAACGCCGGCAACGUCGUCAAGAUCCCAGACGGCUAUGACUCGGCCAAUGCGGCGCCCUUGAUGUGUGCCGGUGCCACCGUCUGGACCUGUCUAACCGAGUACGGCGUCCGGCCCACAGACCGUGUCGGUAUCAUGGGCAUCGGCGGUCUAGGCCACUUGGCCAUUAAACUCGCAGCUGCCAUGGGUUGCCACGUCGUUGUGCUCUCCAGCUCUGAGAAGAAGCGCGAAGAGGCUAUGCAAUUCGGAGCCUCAGAAUACCACGUCUUUUCCGCCGGACAGGAAAUGAAGGAUUUUAAGCCCUUGAAGCAUCUGCUGCUCUGCGGUAGUGCUAACGUUGACUAUCCAUCUCUCCUUCCUCUCAUGGACGUCCAUGGAACGAUCUAUCCUCUGACCGUGGACUUCAAGCCCUCUGCCGUUCCUCUGCUGUUCAUGUGUGGCAAGGGUAUUCGUAUUCAGGGCUCCCUGGUUGCGUCCCGUAAGAGUCUGAAGACCUUGCUGCAGUUCGCGGCCGACAAGAAGAUCGAGCCUACGAUUAUGAAGUUCCCCUUGAACGAGGCUGGUAUUGAGGAUGCUAUGCAGACGUUGAGGGAUGGUAAGAUGAGAUACAGGGGUGUUCUUGUUCGCGAGUAAGAUGGGAUUAGAUGUAUGAUGUUGUUAUACCCUGAUAGACCACGUAUAAUAUAGAUAGAAUAUGACGAGAACAUGGGCUUUAUUUAUGGUGGCUUAUCCUGAACGCUGCUUAC